AUGGAAUCCGAACAUAAAACUCCUCUAAUAUGGAUACCCGCGGGAACAAAGGGCAAGGACGAGGAACUGGUCGUGUCGCGAUUCGCCAUCGUUCUUGCGACCAGUGUCGGUCCAGGAAACGAACAGAAGAUUGACAAUAUCGUGGGCGGCAUCGAGGAUAUCAAGCGACUACUCCAUCGCAAAGAUGUUGUUGCGGUCAAUACUCUAUCGAGCGAUAUCCCGGAAAGUUAUCCCAGGCCACCUAAACCACCAGCACGAGUUCCUGAAACCCAGCCUUCUUCGAGGCCAAAGGAGAUAAACACUGACUGGGAUACUUCUCAUCAUAUCGUCGAGUUCGUCAAAGCUGUGGUCCAGAACUGCGACUUGCAAUUACCUAACCUCGAACUUGGUCAAGCUGUAUCAUCAUUGAGUGCAAUAAUUACAGUCACGGACGACAAAGUACUCGACCAGCAUUCAGAUUGCGGCCUGCUCGCCAGGUACAUCCCGCAUGUUCCGCCUUCACUACCUCCGUUGAAAGCGGCAGUCGAUUUAUUGCGCUGGGCCAAAGAGCAUAAGCAUUAUAUCCUCAUUACUCAUAUAUCCCGAAUCCUUCCCCUGGAAAAGUUCACUGAAAUUUGCCAAAAGGUGUACUUUGCGGUGGAUGGCUAUAAUGAACUCGAGUUCAUUCUGGCGAAUGGCUACCUAUCCUAUGUCUCUUUCGAGUAUUUCGUUGCGUCCGGAAAUGAAGAAUAUAACGAAUAUUGCAAUCUAUGUUGGAGAAACCUCGUCAAAGCCUUUACACGACUUCCACUGGUUCUUCCACAUUCCAUCGAGUCCAUUGCGGUACUGGCACUAGGCGUAAGCAUUCCUGGUAACAAUUGCAAGGUCAACACCUCUGACAGAUACUUGUCACAGACUUUCAAUGCUAUCGAAAACUCAAAGUCGUCUUUGGCUUGGACCUUCAUUUCCUAUGCAGCGAAUCUGUGCCUCACACUUGGCUACCAUCGGAAUGACACUACUACUAACAACAAGUCAGACCUUCGAAUCAAUCAAGAGAGCCUCUUCUGGCUAGUCUACAAUCUCGAGAAAGGACUCUCAUUGCGACUUAGUCGAUCUUCCAACAUCCGCGACCGUGACAUAACGCUACCAGUCAAUUCGAAUGCGCUUCGACGCACUCGCCAAGCCAUGAUUCAAGGUCAGGUGUACGACCAGCUGUACAGUCCCAGUGGCCUGGCCAAGCCUGAAGGUGAGCGACGAACCAUCGCCAGUGCUUUGGCUCAAGGACUCCGAGAAAUCAUCCAAGACACACAUGUUGAUAUCAUGAACGCUGAACAACUCGAUCCAAAUGUCGAUCCCAUGGGAAUUGUAUAUCUGCGCUGCGACCUGGUCUGCACUUCAUCGACUCUGGCUCUGAUCCUCCGCGCUGCUCCUACAGAGGGCAAAGCCGAAAGCCGUGCCUCGGACGAUUGUAUUGCUGUUGCUCGUGAGGUCAUGGAGAUUCACCAGCAAUGCAUGAACAGCGUCAGAAACUGCAAGGGCAACACAGCCAUGUUGCAGAAAUAUAUCAAUUGGGCCGUCCUCCACACGCCAUUCAUCCCCUUCAGCAUCCUCUUCACCCAAGCCGUGCAGCAUCUUGACGAGUCUGAUCUGAGCCGGAUAGAACGCUUCGCCUCGUCUCUGAAACCCGAACCGCCCGUGUCUGCAUCGCCAUCCCAUCCAUAUAGGAUUUACGAACUCCUCAGCCGGACCGCGAGGCUGUGCGUCGACUCUCAGAUCCAGCGCCACGCGCAAUCACAGCCGGUGCUCUCGUCAACAGAAGGCCGAUUCUCCGCUGCGGAGGACGCGGGUUUUGGAUCACAACAGGAUCGCUGCAAUCCCGGCGUCGAUGCACUAGCAGGAGUGGACGACCUGGAUCUCGCAGACAUAGACUUCCAUGUGGAUGGGUUGAGUGAAUGGUACUACGGGAACCAGCAGAUCAUGAACUUGAUGGAUGACGACGCCAUGACGUGGACUUAUUAG